AUGAUGUUCCCAUUUCUGUUCCUUUUGUUAGUAAAUGCUGCACUGAGUAGGGAAUCAGAAAAACUUUCUGAGAGAUAUCUUGCUUCGAAAAACGUUAUUCAGUUUACCAAGGAAGAUUACAGUAACGUCACAGGUACUCCAGGUACAUACUACGACAUUACGACCCUUAGUGAAUGUGCCGUGAAAUCUUUGAUGGUUCAGGGAUCCUCUUUCUUCUAUAGUGGUACGGAAAAAACCUGCGUGUUAACGGGAAGAUUCCCACCAGGAACUUUCUCUCCAGAAUAUAAACAUUACAUCAAAGACGAAAAAGAAAAACAAAUAAAGGAAUGUUACUAUCAAAGGCUCAAGAAACAAGAAUCAUUGUACAAAGAAGCGAAACGAAAAUGCAAGCUUAAAGGUGGUUAUGUUCUUGAAAUAAAUUCAAAAGAUGAAAAUGAUCGCGUAAAAGACAUGUUUAAGGAUGUUUCUUUAUGGCUGGGGGCCGUACAGAUCAUUGAAAAUAAUACGUUUCGAUGGGAGCGUUCAGGGGAGAUGACUUUUACCGACUGGUCAGCUGACUACCCGAUAACCACGAACACGCUGUACAACUUUUGCGUAAUACUCACGUGGAGUGGUUGGAAAAACGUCUACUGUAGUGAUGAUCAGUACGACGUUGUCUGUGAGUUUGACACUUGUGGCUAAAAAAAGGCAAUAUUUUACAAGAACAAUUACAAUUUAUUGAAUUUGAUAAUAAAAUAACAUAUAAG